AUGAGCGAGGGCAAGGGCGCUGCGGUGCCACGGGUGCUGGAGGAUGUGGUUGCAUGCAUUCUGGGCGUUUCAAAUGCCAAGGCCGCCAUCACGGCCCGCAUCGACAAGCACGGCGGCCGGGUGGCAGCACGGCUCGGCAAGGACGUGAGCCACAUUGUGUGGGAGCGGCGGCACUCUCGCCGCCCCUCGGAUAAGGCCGCCGAUGAGGCCGAGCUGCUUGAGCUGUUCCACAAGCUGGAGAAGAUGGACUACCCACCGGUGGUGGUGUCGCCGCUGUGGGUGGAGGAGUCUAUCAAGGCGGGGCGCCGCCUGGUGGAGCGCAAGUACCUGGUGAAGAAGCCGACUGAGUCGCUGCUGGGACGCACUCCCGGCACCGCCGGCGCCGCUAAGAAGCGCAAGCGCCCCGCGGCGGCCCCGCUGCCAAAGCCGGCAGAAGCUUACGACAUCGACGACCUUAACUUCAGCAGCACGCAGCAGAUACAGGGACAGGGAGGGCAGGAUGAGGCAGCCGUGGUCCCCAGCGGCACUGCGGUCGGGGAUGGCGAGGUGACUAGCCCGCGCGGCGGUGCCCCCGCCAAGCAGCAACGCGGCGCCGCCGGCAGGGGCGCCAAGAAGCAGCAGGCCAGGGGCAUGCCGACUGUGGUGGAGCUGCUGAGUGAUGAUGAGGAGGAAGGCUGGCAGCAGGAGGAACCGCAGCAGGGGGCGCCGCCGCCGCUGCAGCAAGCUGGCAAAAUCGGCACCGAAACGCAAGCGGUGGCCAACAUCCUCACAAUCGACCUGCCAGACGACUGCCACCUGGGCCGCACGCCGGGCGGCGGCAGCGCUGGCACUGGCGGCGCCGCGGAGGACGAGGAGGAUGAUCUGGAUACGCCUCUAGCCCUGCGCAUAGCGAGAAGCAGCGCGGAGCGGGCCCGGGGGUGGGCCUCUGGCGGCAGUAGCGGCGGCGGGCGGCUCGGCGCUCCGGCGCCUGCUGCUGGUGCAGCCGACGGCGGCGCCGCCGCCGACAAGCGCAGCAGGCUGGCCCUGGCUUCUGGGCCUUGCGAGCAGGCAGAGGAGCAGGCAGCAGUGGAUGAUGCCGGGGAGGCAGAGGGCAUGCAGGUGGAUGAGCAGGCGGCCCACCAGGAUGAGCAGCACCUGGAUGAAGCUUCCCCCCAGCACCUGCCCGAUGGGGCGCCACGGGAGCAGCAGGCUGCAGAGCAGCAGGCGACGGGGGCCGUCAGGGCGGCGGCAGCGGUCAAGGGUGUGGCCGAGCGCUUCAGCGUGCGCCAGCUGGUGCGGCACCCCGAGCGGCCAGUGCUUGUGCACAAGGGGACGCCCCUGGCCGCUUCCCUCCCUCCCUCGCCAGCGGAAACCAAGCCUGCUGACCCUAUCCCCAUCCCGGUGGUGGAGCGUGUGGCCAGUCCCUGGGCCCUGGCUGAGCAGGGGCCCACGCAGAGCCCCGCCUCGCAGCCAGAUGGGACGGCAGGCAAGCCAGAGGCCUCUGGCAGGGCGAGCCUGGGCCGGCCCAAGGCAGGCGGGCGCCGCAGCCUGCUGGGUGUGAGCAACAUGCGGAGCAUCGGCGGCAGCGGGGCCACGCCCUCCAGCGCGGUUCGUCCGCCGCCGGGAGGGGAGGGCAAGCUGCCCACUCCCUGGUCCACGCUGCGACCCUGGGACGGCAAGGCCGCAGCGCAUGAGGCAGCAGCAGCGGCGGCCAGCGGGGAUGAGAACCAGGGGGGCUCUUGUGAACCCCAGCAGCAGCAGCAGCCGCAGCAGGCUGGGCCCGGUGUGGGGCCGGGCCCGCAGCAGGAAGAGGCGCAGCUCUCUGGCGACCGGCUGCCUCAGCAGCAGCGUGCGGCGCCACCAGCCGGUUCCACUGGCCCCGGGCCCACCCAUGGCUGUAUCGCCCUCACAUCUGUGGACGCCGCUGUCGUGGACCUGGCCCGCUCCGCCACCCGGCGUCUGCGGGGCCUGCGCGUGUGCCCCGAGGGGCGCGAGGAGGGGCAGGUGACGCACCUGGUGAUCGGCGGCGAGCGGCGCACGCUGAAGCUGAUGCUGGCUGUGGCCAACGGCGCCUGGCUGCUCAGCCCGCAGUGGGUCACGGCGUCGCUGGAGGCGGGCAGGUGGCUGCCGGAGAGCCAGUUCCCGGCAAAGGUGCGUUUCGAGGCGGCGGCGGAGCGGGCGCGCAGCCUGCUGGAGGUGCUGGAUGCGCAGCCGCUGCUGCACGACCGCGCCGUGUAUGUGCACCUGCCCGAGAAGGCGCGCAAGCUGAUGGCGGCCAACGUGGCGGCCCUCAAGCGGGUGCUGGCGGUGCUGGGCGCCAAGGUUGCCCCGCCAAAGUCGUGCAACCUGUGCAUCGUGGUGGGCGGCGGCGCCCGCCCGCCCCACAUCCCCAAGAAGGCGCUGUGCGUGAAGGAGGAGUGGCUGCUGCAGGCGGCGGAGCGCUUUGAGCUGCCGGCGCUGGAAGAGUAUGCGCUGGAGUGA